AUGACAUCUGACAUGUACAGAGGUGAAACACCUAUGCAUGUUGCUAUUUUGAAACAAGAUUUGGAAAUGGUUAAGGAAUUGCUGAAUCGAGGUGCUGAUGUGGUCAAUUCACGUGCAACUGGUUCUUGCUUCGUCCCGGGAGAGGAUUGUCGAUGUUACUAUGGUGAAUUUGUGUUGUCAUUUGCUGCAUGCAUUGGCAAUGAAGAGAUUGUCAGAACUCUUAUUAAGCACAAUGCUCCAUUAGAUGCACAGGAUUCCUUGGGCAAUACAGUUCUUCAUAUGUUGGUUCUACAAGAGGAGAAAAGCCAGAUAUAUACAAUGUAUGAUCUCAUUACAUCCCUUGUGACUGAGAAACAACAGCCAAGUCUUGAGGACAUAACAAACAAUGAUGGCUACACUCCAUUGAAGCUCGCAGUAGCUGAGGGGCAGUUAGAGAUGUUCAACUAUUUAGUUCAAAAACAGAAGAAGGUAUACUGGACCAUGGGAACGAUUACUUACUGCACCUAUGACCUCACCAACAUUGAUACAUGGGGAGAUCAAAAAUCAGUUCUGGACAUCAUAACAAAAAGCAGGACUAGUCAGGUUCAUAAAUUCGUUGAUGCUAAACCAGUAAAGGAAUUAAUACAGCAGAAAUGGAUUUCAUUUGCGCACAAAUAUUUCCUUGUGUGGAUGAUUUCCUAUAGUCUUUACAUCACAGUAUUCACUGUCUCAAGUCUAUACCGACCAUUGAAACCAGUUCCACCUGGCCAGUUUGGUGAACAUGUUGUUAAAAUACAGAAGACUUUAGCAGAAUCCUAUCAAACAAAGGAAGAUUACUUGAGACUUCUGGGUGAACUAGUAACUGUCGUUGGAGCUCUGGUAAUACUCAUCAGUGAGAUGAUGCAUUUAUACAAGAUAGGACCAAAAAGUUACUUUGGGAAUACAUCAGUUGGAGGACCUUUUCCAUUACUAAUGAUCUGUUACUCACUUUUGAUUAUUACAGCAGUUAUCAUGAGACUCUGUGCUGAUGGUGGAGAAGCAGUCCCAAUCUCCUUUGCUCUGAUUAUUGGGUGGUGUAAUACCAUCUACUUUGCCAGGGGGUUUAAGACAUUUGGGAAAUUUUCUAUUUUGAUUCAAAAGCUAAUAUUUGGAGAUUUUAUGCAUUGGUGCUGUCUGGUAUUUAUCUGCAUCAUUGGAUUUACCUUUGCUUUUUACGUUCUGUUUCAUACUCUGGAUUUGACAAAUUAUCCUUAUUUUAGAGAUUUUUCAAUGACAUUGCGUACCACAUUUGAACUGAUGAUGGGAUUGUUGGAUAUUCCUCUUCCUUAUAAUAGGCCAACACCAACCAAUAUCUACAUUACCUAUACCAUGUAUAUGCUCUUUGUAUAUCUUCUGCUGCUAAAUUUACUGAUUGCCAUGAUGGAUGAUACAUACUGGAGAAUAGUACCAGAAACAGACUUACUAUGGAAAGUGCAGUUUUCAGCCAUCAUACUGCUUCUAGAACAGCGAGUGCCAGCGUUUCUAAAGGUUCGUUCUGGAGUUCCAGGAACAUCGCUGGGCUUUGACGAUGACAAGUGGUACAUUGGGGUUGAAGAGAUACUUCCUGAGACAGAAGAAAAAUCCAACAUGGAUGCCCAGAUAUCAAAAAACAUAAAAUGGGAUAAAGUAAGAAAAAAUCUUGGCAAAAUCAUAAACCUGAAAGAUUCUGAAUCUACCAGAUUGUAAGAAACAUUAAUGCUGAAUCUGUCGCAUCUCUUGAACUAUGUUCUUUCUUUACAAUUGCUAGAUCUAUGUUAAUUAUUUUCAAUGAAUAUAGAGGUUAAAAAAAUUCAACAUUGAUUAUUUUCCCUGAAAAUAUUACAACAUUACUUAACUGUGAAUAAUCUCAGUUGGAACGUUUUAAAAUUUAGUGGAGACACAAGAGACUGCAGAUGCUUGAAUCUGGAGCAAAAAAAUAAAGUGCUAAGGGAACUCAGCUGACCAAGCAGCAUCUGUGGAGGGAAAGGAGUGGUCAACAUUUCGGGUUGAGACUCUGCAUCAGUCGUGAUGAUGUCGACCAUUACUUUGCCUCCAUGGACAAUGCUUGACCUCCUGAGUUUCUUUAGUAAUUUGUUUUUUGCUUAGAAUUUAGUGGAUAAGGCUUGGUUUGCUGGGAUUAUCGGUCUUCCUCCAACUCUUUAUGUUGGAACUUUUACUUUCUAUGUGACCAGGUCUCAAGGCUUAAAGUGACAAUUUACUGUUGUUUGCCCUUAAUUUAUUUUGCUUGUAACAUUAGGAUCCUCUGCAGAAAAGCAGCAAGAUUGAUAUCAGAGAAAUACUUGAUAAACUCUUCUCUACAAUGGACCAAUUAGGACUCCUUUUGAUUCUAUAAUUGUCCCUGCCUCUGGAUGGUUUACUAGUUACUGAUAUGCCACCAGUUAUCCAUGGAUCAAUGGAGCAAUACACUAACCCUAAAUCUUGUAUACAAUGAAGGUUAUCUAUUUCUUUUUGAGAAAAAGGUUACAAAUUCUUUCUUCAUUGCUCUUACAACCAACAAUCAAAAUGUUAAGUACCUUUAAUUUUGCAGUUUUAAAGUGUGGUAUAGCUAUUUAUUUAACAGGAAUUCCAAUUGUAAUGGAUUAAAAUAUGAACAGCAUAAAUAAAAUAAAUUGUAACAUUUUUGAAUAUUCCUCCACAUUUGUUUUGUCAUAUUUGAGCUAAUUUAAGGGUCCUGUCAACAGUAAGAUGUGGAAUCAUGAUUUUUUUUAUGUGGCAGGGAGGAUCAAAAAUAAUCAGAAAAUCACUUAUUUGUUUCGGUUAAUGCAGCACUCUAUCUAUGCAGUUUCUAUGCACUCAUUAUAUGAUAAUUCGUUAUAUUUCACAAUUUUGUAUAUUUCUGCUUUGUAGAGAAGGGACCAUAGAACAAUGAUCGGAAAAUGUUUCCGAAAACACUUGUACUGUAUGUAAAUAAUUUGCUAACAAAGUCUGCAGUGCUUAAAUUGAAGUUUCAAUGCUGUCCUAUAACCUCAUCCUCAUGUUUGCAUUCGUGAAAAUGUCUGGUCAAUUAUACUGGAUUGAUUCUUGUGAUGGCUGAGUUAUUUUAUCAGGAAAAUAGAGCAAAUUGGGUUCAUGGUGUUUGGAGCAUAGUGUAGCGACUCACCGUCCGGUCAGGAGAACCGGCUCGGCAGUCGGGUCGCGCGGCAUCGGAGUGACGAGGCCCAAGAUGGCGGCGAGCCUCGUCUUUCCCGAGCGACGGGGAGAACCCACGCGCGGGAAAGACUUGAUGACGUAGUACUUAUGUCAUUGCCGGUUGCAUUGGGCGGGAA